UGAUACACCUAUAUAGGACCAAAUACUAUAUCUAAUUCAUCCAGGCAUUGGAACAUUAAAUCCUGCUAUAGAUCUCUGUUGUUAAUCCUAGCUGGCAUGCUGGGCACUCAUCACGAGUCAUGAAGGUUACUUCCAUCAGAAUGAUAAGAACAAUGAUAAUUGUGGUAGGCUAACAGUGUUAUCUGCACCUGACAAUAGCAGUAAUAGAACCAAAGUUCAGCAACUCAUGGCCUGACAAUAAUUGACCAAUGCAGAAGCAUUGCAAGAGAUAAGCUGUGUCACAAAAUAGGAAUAUUUUGGAACCUUGUGCAGAUCCGCCUCCCAUUAUAUGUGACUUGCCACGGGUACUUUAAGUACACAUCAGACUUGACACUGCUGCAAGGACACGAUGUGUCGCCCUUUUGUUUUCCUUGUCUGUUGCCUGGCCACAUCCUCUCUGGCAAUGAAUGUGAAGUUCAAGGAUUGUGGCUCAGCUGUAGGUAAAAUAAGCACUGUUGAUGUUGAACCUUGUAAGAAGGAACCUUGUACAUUAGUACGUGGAACAAAUGCAACGGUCACAGUUGCAUUCAAAGCAAAUGAAGCUGCUACCAAGCUAACAGCAAGUGUCCAUGGUAUAGUAGCAGGUGUUCCAGUUCCUUUUCAAGUCCCUGUAAGUAAUGGUUGUGCACCAUCUGGAGUGGCAUGUCCCACUAAGACUGGACAAGACUACAACUAUUCAACUUAUGUCCCAGUAUUGAAAAUAUAUCCAAAGAUCUCUGUUGUUGUGAAGUGGGAACUGAAGGACCAAAAUGGCAAGGACAUGUUCUGCUUUGUUAUUCCAGCUGUCAUCUCAUGAUCAGGCUAAACAUUUAUUUUCAACAUUUAUUUCUC